UCCCAUCAGCUGAGGAGCAGCAGCAACCCUGACGGCAUCUGAGGCAACAACGCAGAGGACUGAUCUGCAGUCAGGGGGGGAGGCAGCAUCCGAGAAGCAAAUGACAGCCCCGGGAGAGGCGUAAGAGAGAGAGGUCGUGAGGUGGCUUCAAAAGGCAAUUUAGCAGCCAGUUGAGAGAGAGAGAGAGUGAGAGGAGAGGAUUGCUCCGGCACAACAGCCCGACCUUCUCCACACUCGGAGGCUGACCCUCAGUGCACUCUCUGCUGCUGAAGACGAAGGACCUUUCCCCCCUCGGAGGAGCUCAGCCAUGGAGGAGAUGCUCACCUGCAGCCGGAGCCCUUUCUCCCAGGUGUUCGGGCGCCAGGGUCAGCUCAUGCAAGCCACUGUGCAGUCUCUGAACAGCCUGAAUGACCAGAUUGCGAGCUUCAUGGUGCCUGGACCCAAGCCCCUGGAGCAGGAGAAGCACACCUUUGUUCCCCCAGAGAAGGAGACCCUGCAGAAAUCCAUGACCCUGAUGAGGCACCUCCUCGUGGAUGCUCAGGCAAAAAUCCUGAAAAUGAUGGAUGACAACAAGCAGUUGGCCCAGCGCAUUGACGGGGCCAUUCAGUCGGCCAGCCAGGAGGUGACCAACCUGCGGUCGGAGCUGAGCGCCACCAGCCGCAGACUGGCCGAGUUGGGGGCUACGGACUCCUCCGCCGGCAUGCUCGAGACCCUGCAGCACAACCACAAUGAUCCCUCUCCCCAUGCGAGGCAGAAGCCGCCAGCAGCUGACCUCAGCUACAAGACUGAAAUCAGCAGCCUCAUGGACUUCAACUCUCCGGACGCCUCCCUGGACAAAGUCCUGCUGCGCGAGGAGGUGGCUCAGCUCCAGGAGGAGGUGCACCUGCUGCGGCAGAUGAAGGACAUGUUGAGUAAAGACCUGGAGGAGACCCAGGGAGGAUGCUCGGCCGACGUGCUCUCUGCCACCGAGCUACGCGUGCAGCUGACUCAGAAGGAGCAGGAGCUGGACCGAGCCAAGGAGGCUCUGCAAGCCAUGAAGUCUGACCGUAAGCGUCUGAAGGCGGAGAAAGCCGACCUGGUGAACCAGAUGCAGCAGCUUUACGCCACACUGGAGAGCCGGGAGGAGCAGCUCCGUGACUUCAUACGCAACUAUGAGCAGCACAGAAAAGAGAGCGAGGAUGCGGUGAAGGCACUGGCAAAAGAGAAGGACCUGUUGGAGAGGGAGAAGUGGGACCUGCGGCGGCAGACCAAGGAAGCCACAGAGCAUACAGGGAUGCUGCGCUCGCAGCUUGACCUCAAGGAGAAUCGCAUCAAGGAGCUGGAAGCUGAACUGGCCAUGAUGAGUAACUGUGUCAAUCAGAGAAUGGAGUUCCGGGUGUUUGAGCGUCUUGCGGACAGGGACUACUCAUCUAGGGUCAUGGCGGCCAAACAGUCACUAGCCACCCUGACCAAGGACGUGCCCAAGCGUCACUCUCUGGCCAUGCCCACGGAGACUGUUGUCAAUGGUAACAACCAAGAGUGGGUGAUGCAGGCGGACCUCCCCCUGACUGCUGCAAUCAGACAGAGUCAGCAGACCCUUUAUGUCCACACCGGGCAUCCCACGGACAGACAAGUGGCUGCCGUGCGGGUGAGCCCUUGCCACUCGCGUCAGCCCUCCAUCAUCUCCGACGCCUCAGCGGUGGAGGGGGACCGGUCAUCCACACCCAGCGACAUCAACUCGCCACGCCAUCGGACUCACUCCCUCUGCAAUUCCCUAGAAGAUCUGGAGGAGGCGAAGCGUAAGAAGAAGAAAGAGAAGAUGGGGCUGGGCUCUCUGUCGCGUGUCUUCGCCCGGGGGAAGCAACGCAAGUCCCUCGACCCUGGUUUGUUUGAUGACUCAGAUGGCCUAUCCAGCCCCACUCGCCACAGCCUCUCAGACGGGUCAGAGGACCAGCUGGACCGCCUCCAGCAGGUGGAGCUGGCCAGGACCACACCCAUGUCUCAGUGGAGGGCAGGCACUGUGCAGGCCUGGCUAGAGGUUGUCAUGGCGAUGCCCAUGUACAUCCGCACCUGCUCAGAAAACAUCAAGAGUGGCAAGGUCUUACUGGGGCUGACAGAUGAGGACCUGGAGCUGGGUUUAGGUGUCAGCAGUUUAAUGCAUCGCAGGAAACUUCGCCUGGCCAUCGAGGACUACAGAGAUGCUGACAACGGUAGAGGGCUGUCCAAGGCUGCAGACAUGGACCACCACUGGGUGGCCAAGGCCUGGUUAAGCGAUGUGGGCUUGCCUCAGUACGCCCAGGCCUUUCACAAUCACUUGGUGGACGGGCGCAUGCUUAACUCUCUCACACGUCGGGACCUUGAACGUCACCUCAACAUCACCAAGAAGUUCCACCAGGUCAGCCUGCAGCUGGGUAUCGAACUGCUGCACUUACUCAACUUUGACAAGGAGGCACUGCAGGCUCGCCGGGUGCAGUGUGAGCAUCAGAACGUGGAUCCAUUGGUGUGGACGUCUCAUCGUGUCAUGAAGUGGAUCAGAGACAUUGACUUGAAGGAGUUUGCAGAAAGUCUCCUUAACAGUGGAGUUCAUGGAGCUGUCAUGGUGCUUGACCCCACAUUCAACACUGACGCCAUGGCAACAGCACUGGGGAUUCCCAAUAGCAAGCACAUGGUUCGUCGACACCUCGUCGAGGAGAUGAAAGCCCUGAUUGGCUCUGCCAGGACAGACGUCAAACAGGACUAUGAGCGUUUAGGCCUGGGAACACCACCGACCCCACAUCGUCAGAACUCGCUGGGCCGACCUCCCAGCUCUGCCGGUCGUCACAAUGAUGACGAGGGUUCGCUGAGACGGAGGGCUGUCAAGCCUCCAACAGGCUUCAGCCCUAAAGCCCGCAGUGGGCGGGACUUGAGUUGCCAUGGCAGCUACAGCUCUCUCCCUCGGGAUGUUCGAGACCAGACUCCGCCCAGAACCGAGGGAAGUCCGAUUCACGGUUACACCAGCAUCGAGGUCUCCAACGUGUGAGGUCAUCAGAAUGCAGCACUAGACAUCCUCUCUCUCUACGCCCCAAACAUGGGAUGUUUUCUUAUUUCUACAAAUGAGCCUUUAGAGGACAGAUUGCACUUUUUAAAAAGGGACAGGAUUCGUUUUUACACGUUUCCUGAUUUGAGCAAAACUUUUUCAAGAAUCACUGUGAGUAAGUGGUGAGUAGAUUCUUCCACAGAAUGAAGGAAGGAAUCAAGCUAAAGGAUUAUUUUUCUAUGUAGUUUGUUUUUGUUGACUAGUUGAUAUUGACAAAGGCUGUUUCUCUGAGGGAAAUGAGAUAAAUAAAACUUUGUAUAUACAGUGUAGCUUACUUCAAGACAAAAUGAACGAAGUUUAAUAUCAGUGUAAACUGUUGUUGUUUCAUUGAAUUCUGCUGUCUGUGAUGCCUUGUCAUUGUAACUGAGUACAAUGGACAAAAAAAGACUUGAACUGAAUUUUAAAUUCUAGAUUAUACUAUGUUUGAAAGUCAUUUUUCAUCUUGCACAUUUACACUGUUGUGUCUAAACAAAUGUAGCGCCCUCUUUUGAUGUUUUAUACUGUGUGGUGAACAUGGAAUAAUAUUUGAACUGUGCUAACUGAAGAUGACUGCAGAUUUGUGCGUUAGCCUGCUGGCUAAAAGGAGUGAAGAUGCAAUCAUGUGAACAUGAGAGUGUUACUUUUAAUGAAAUAAAGAUGGCAUUCAAUUAAGAUAGACAGUUUGAAAAAGAAUAGUUUUAUAAAAUGAGAUAACAAUUGCAUAAAACUCCAUCUGGAGGCAAUGGAGAUAUUAGAGGAUAAUGAUGUUACCGCUUAAAGAUUCAGUGUGUAGAAUUUAGUGACAUCUAGUGGUGAAGUUGCACAUUGCAGCUUAAUACCCCACAUUCUGCCAAUAGUUCCCUUUCACCUAAAUCUUAAACACUGGACCUUUAGAUACAUUCAGAACCACAAUCACAUUAAAUCCAAUUAUCAAUAGUUUCACAUAUCCCCAAGGGUUUAUCACCCCAUGCACCGCUGCUGCAUUGUUUUGGUUUUACUGUGUAAUUCAGCCUUAUCAGUCUCUACUACUACACACUGCAUACCUCUUACAGAAUAAUAAUACUAACUUUAUUUGUACAGCACUUUUCUUUCCAAGUAACAAAAGGAGAGUGAAUAUGGGACAUGACUGAAAGCUGAUGCUUAAUUUGUCCCUGACAUAUAAAUAGGAAGAUGUCUGCAAGCACAUUAACAGUAACAACUAUAUUAAAACAAACAAACAAUCGGCAACUUUUAAGAUGGACAUUUAACAACGUAUUGGUAAAUUGAGAAGGAAGCUAUUUGGUCACGACUUCUAUCCUGUAUGACUGAGAGGAACUGUGACAGUGAUGAAAAGAGGAAGCAGUGGAUGUGUUGAGGAUUUAUGAAUAAAGCAAAA